GGGGAUGCCGGGAUGUUUACACUCCUGACAGCGGCGGCCGCGGGAGGAGGAGGCGCGGGAGCCGCGGGAGGAUGGGCCGCCGCUAGGCUCGCUCUCGGGACGCGCGGGGCCGUGCGAGGCGGGGAGGCCGCGCCUGCAGCGUCCGGCGGGGGCGGCGCGGCGCGAGGUGGCGUUCGGCUCCGGGCGGCGCAGUCACAGCCCCGCUCCAUCCCCCGGCCCAGCGGGCCUUCCCGCGGCGCCGCCUGGCCGGGCCGCCCGCCCGGGCCCCUCGCGGGCAGGAGGCCGGACGCCUCCCAACUUCCUGAGCGCUGACGGUCCUCUUCCUCCGGACGAUGGAUGAGAAGCCGCAAGGCCUGCAGGGGCCACCGGCCCCCCAGUUCCAGCCUCAGAAGGCCUUGCGGCCGGACAUGGGCUACAACACGCUGGCCAACUUCCGGAUCGAGAAGAAGAUCGGCCGCGGGCAGUUCAGCGAGGUGUACCGGGCGUCCUGCCUGCUGGACGGCGUGCCCGUGGCCCUGAAGAAGGUGCAGAUAUUCGACCUCAUGGACGCCAAAGCCCGUGCCGACUGCAUCAAAGAAAUAGACCUGCUCAAGCAACUCAACCACCCGAACGUGAUCAAAUACUACGCGUCCUUCAUUGAAGACAACGAACUGAACAUCGUUCUGGAGUUGGCGGACGCUGGCGACCUGUCCAGGAUGAUAAAGCACUUUAAGAAGCAGAAGCGGCUGAUCCCGGAGCGCACCGUGUGGAAGUACUUUGUGCAGCUGUGCGGCGCCAUGGAGCACAUGCACUCCCGCCGCGUCAUGCACCGAGACAUCAAGCCGGCCAACGUGUUCAUCACGGCCAUGGGCGUGGUCAAGCUCGGGGACCUGGGCCUCGGCCGCUUCUUCAGCUCCAAGACCACGGCCGCGCACUCGCUGGAUGGCCGCCCUGCAGAGCCCCUUCUACGGCGACAAGAUGAACCUGUACUCGCUGUGCAAGAAGAUCGAGCAGUGCGACUACCCGCCGCUGCCCUCCGACCACUACUCGGAGGAGCUCCGGCAGCUGGUGAACAUGUGCAUCAACCCCGACCCCGAGAAGCGGCCGGACAUCGCCUACGUGUACGACGUGGCCAAGAGGAUGCACGCCCGCACCUCGAGCAGCUGAGCGCCUGCCGCCCCUCAGCCCGGCCUCCGGCGCCGUCGGGGGGCGAGGCGGACCCUUCCCCGUCCUCAGAUCAGCUUCUCCGGCCCACGCCAGCCGCCUUCUCGCCAAACCGGGACCCGGAACAACGGUGCACGAUGGGAGAGGACUCGGACAGGCCGUCCUCGUGGCCGAAGGCCGUGGCCUCAGGAGCCGUCUCCCGAGGAACCGCGUUGGGACCAGCGCUCCGCGCCAAGCGCCGCGGCGCCCGGGCCUCACGAGACACCGCCUCGUGGGCCGGGCCACGGGCCUCAGCCACGGACCCGACGUGGACGCCGACGUGGACUCGGGCCGUUCCCCUUUAGAAGCUGGACUGUGUGUUUCGUCCUCGGCGCUGGGGCUUUGCAGGGCGACGGGAAAGAGAGACGUCGACAUCGGCUGCUGGAGAGACACCGAGCGUUCCAGGCGUGGGCGUCAGAAGGCGCCUCUGAGACGGGAGGACGGGACAAACGGGGCAGACGCUGAAGUUCCCGCCUCGUCUGGUUCUGUGUCCGCCUGCGGCGGCCGUGAGCCACUGGGGAGCCGUCAGGCGUGGCUGGCGGAACCCUGGAGGGCGCGCUGGAGGGCUGUGUUUCUGUCGUCGUCGUACAUUUGGAAAUAGCCUCUAAGUAACCGCAGUGCUGUCUCCGGUCCCUUUAUCCCCCCGAAGGCUCGUCACCCCGGCCGCGCUCUGGAGCGAGCGCACAGGCUUUCCAUCCGGGUUUGACGGGCGCCGCAUCCGUCCCGUCCGAGCACCUCCGUGUCCCCGAGCUCCCAUCUUAUUUAUGUCCGACCGUCUCCCCCCGAGGGUCCUGCCCACAGCCUGGGCCCCGAGAGGGUUCGGGGUCCCAGCCGCGCCCAGGCGGCCCGCGUGUCUGUGUGUGUGUGUGCGUGUGUGUGUGCGUGUCUGUGUGUGAGUGUGUGUGUGCGUGCAUGUGUGUGUGUAUCUGUGUGUCUGUGUG